AUGCCGUCGCCUACGUUUGCCGAACUGUACAAAGAGAGUCUGUUGGCACCCUUUUUCAUUUUUCAAGUGUUCUGUAUCUUCCUCUGGAUGCUCGAUGAAUACUGGAAGUACUCGCUCAUGACGUUUGGCAUGAUGCUCAUCUUUGAAGCUACCGUCGUCUUCGGCCGCCUUCGCAGUCUUCGCGAGCUGCGGGGCAUGAGGAACCCGUCCCGCACGAUUCAUGCAUUCCGCAACAAGAAGUGGGCCCCCAUUUCUUCUCUUGAGCUGCUACCAGGGGACAUUAUCUCGAUAGGACGCGGGAAACAUGUCUCUCAUGUUGUACCAUGUGAUUUGCUCAUUUUAUCAGGUGCGGCUGUUGUGAACGAAGCAAUGCUCACUGGAGAAUCUGUCCCACUGAUGAAGGAAGCUGUACCAUCCGCGAUCAGCACCGACGGCGAUGAAACAUUGGACAUUGGAGGAAAUCACAAAAACCAUGUUCUAUUCGCUGGAACCCGGAUUUUGACACACACGCCCGGUGUCGUAAACGAUUCGACCCCAUCGGCCAAGGCACCAAAGGGAGGCUGUGUCUGUUAUGUUUUGCGGACUGGGUUUGGUUCGUCACAGGGGAAGCUCAUGCGGACGAUUUUAUACUCGACAGAAUCUGUCUCAGCCAACUCGGGUGAAGCUGCGCUCUUUAUUCUGUUUUUGCUCGUGUUUGCGCUAGCAGCUUCUGGCUACGUUUUGUAUCAUCGCUACACCGAGGAUGCGGAAGGCCGCUACAAGCUGCUGCUGCGAUGUGUUUUGAUUAUCACUUCCGUCGUUCCGCCUGAACUCCCCAUGCAGCUAGCCCUGGCUGUGAAUACAUCUCUAGUUGCACUCGUGAGAGCCAUGAUUUUCUGCACUGAGCCAUACAGAAUUCCCUAUGCCGGAAAGGUAGAUAUUUGCUGCUUUGACAAGACCGGUACCAUUACAACCGAUGCAAUUAAGGCUGCUGGUGUCGCUCUUGCUCCGGAUCAGGUACAGGAAGCUAACAAGACGGAGAAUACGGGUAUCGAGGAAUACCCUGUCAUCCCUGUGCAUGAGGCGACAAUUGAUCCUGCUCUUGUUCUAGCUACCUGUCAUUCCCUUGUAUACGUAGAUAAUGAGAUAGUGGGCGAUCCAUUGGAACUGGCAGCGCUUGAGUCGGUGCAAUGGAUGUUCGGCAGGAGCGACACGUGCUUUCCGAAACGAGGUGGUUCUUCUAUGGCAUCUGGAACGAUAUUGCAAAGAUUUCGCUUUGCAUCUAAGUUACAACGCAUGAGUGUGAUAGCCAACGUUGCAGGAGCAGCUACUGUGGCGGGCCCAAGAGUUCUUGUGAAAGGGUCCCCUGAAGCCGUUGGUAAGUUGCUUUCGGGAGGCAUUCUGCCGGACAAAUACAAAGAGACGGCUCGUCGUCUGGCGCGUGGAGGGAUGCGAGUCCUCGCGUUGGCGCAUAAAGAGCUCAACCCCGAGAUGACUGCAUCAGAGCUUACAAGCAUUGACCGCGAAACAGCCGAGUCAGACCUGUCUUUCCUUGGGUUUAUUUGCUACGAAUGUCCACUGCGUCCAGACUCGCGAAAGGUCAUCCGAAUGUUAAAGAAGUCAAAUCAUUCGGUAUGUAUGAUCACUGGGGACGCCACCCUCACUGCAGCACAUGUGGCCACGCAGGUGGAAAUGUGCACAAAGAGCAUUCUGAUACUGGACCACAGUGAGGCCAACCCUGGUUCCCUGGAAUGGUUCAGCGCAAAUUCUGGGAAACGAAAGAAGAGGUUUUCUAUCGAGACCAUUCCAGCAUUGGCCAAGGAUUUUGAUCUUUGUGUUUCAGGCCCUGCUUUGCAACGUGCAAUUGAUGCUGAUAAGCAAAUGAAGGACAUGUUGAAGUACAUAACAGUCUACGCGCGCAUGUCACCAGAGCAGAAAGAACAUGUGCUAACUUCACUCAAGGAAUCCGGCCUGGUUACUCUAAUGUGUGGUGACGGUACGAAUGACGUUGGGGCUCUGAAGCAGGCCCACGUCGGGGUUGCUUUAUUGUCAACGAUAGAGGCUCCUGAUACCCGCGGGCCAUCAAAGAAUAGGAACUUAGUGACCCAAACGGUUGCAGGAAACCGACAGGCAGGCGGUACAACAAAAACUGAGAAGAGAAAGAAUUUACGGCAACGGAAGAAACCAAGCAAGACCCCUGUCCCCGCAAAUGAACAAGCAGUUGAAGAAAGUGAAAAGAAGGAGUCUCGGAAGUUAACGCCGCAGGAAAUGCAACUUGAAGCAUAUAAAAAGAAGGUGGAGGAAUUAACUGGAGGUUUGGGAGAGUCUGAUGACGGACCUCCUUUAGUGAAACUGGGGGACGCGUCAAUUGCCUCUCCCUUCACCUCGAGAAGGAUGACAAUAGACUGCUGCAUAUCCAUUAUUCGCCAGGGCAGAUGUACUCUAGCUACAACUCUUCAAAUGUACCAGAUUCUUGCCUUGACUUGCUUGAUAUCUGCAUACUCACUCUCGGUCUUGUAUCUGAAAGGGAUUGUACUGGGCGACAAACAAAUGACUAUAACCAGUUUUGUCUUGGCGAUAGCGUUCUUUAUGGUUUCACGUUCAAAACCACUGAAGAAGCUUUCUCCCCAACGACCUGCUUCAUCAGUCUUUGCUCCAGAGUUGUUCUUUUCAUUACUGGGACAGUUUGCAGUUCAUGUGGGUGCCCUAAUCGUUAGCAUGAGGCUUGUUGAGCCUUAUCUUCCCCCAGAUUACAAACCGAAGAUUGAUGAGGAAUUCGCUCCCAGUUUGUUGAACACAGUUGUCUUCCUGCUGUCUAUUGCGCAGCAGAUUUCUGUCUUCGUCCUGAAUUAUACAGGGCGGCCGUUCAUGCAAGGAAUUUAUGACAACAAACCAUUAUUCAACUCACUUCUUACAGCCGGUGCUAUUUUGUUUGUUUGCACUUCAGAAAUUUCACUCGAUCUCAACGAGUUUAUGGAGUUGGUACCGUGGCCCUCUUUUGAUCUUCAAUGGAAGAUUGCGGGAGUCAUUGUAGGUGAUCUUGUCUGCGCCUUCAUCUUUGAUCGCCUCGCCACGCUUUUGUUCAGGCCACGUGUUAGAAUGGUUCAAUGAUCUUUCCCACUUCCUCUGCCGCGGAGAAAAUAAGAUUGGGUGCUUCCUGUCGAGAGCAGUUGAAUUGUGUUCCUAACUGUUUCCAUCGUAGUGAUUUGGUGCAUGGGUGGCCUAUGUAACGCCCCCAUGAAAAUCGGAAGUACAAGGCAAAGUGGAAGUUUUGAUCAGCCCCGGCAUUGCAACAGUCGAUUGUACUAAGGAUUUUGGAAUCGAGGUAGAGAUGAGGAUUUUCUUCCAAUGCAUCAAAGUGCGUUUUGCAGCUGGGCUCCGAGAACUAUUUGGCCCUUUAUAUGAUGCAUGCGCUUCGCUUUUGACGCUUUCUACAACAGAUGAGACCAUUCUAUACCCAUAGCCGAUGGGCUGUCCUGUAGCUGCCUCGAAAAUGCGCAUAGUGGAAGAGCAUUGGUUUUGCUUAACUUUCAUGCAGCACGGCAAGUUCUUUGGAUACUGAUUUUGCCGUACAGUAUGAAGACUUGCCCGGUGUGCCGCUCUGAGCUCUUCAUGUCAUGGAGCAAGACUGGAGCGAUGAUGCACUGCGAUGUACAUGCAACUAGCAUGCAAACCCCGAUACUUCACAAGCGCGUAGGCUCGGGCCAGGAAUUAUGAUUCAAAACCACUUCCGUGGUCCGCAGGAGAUCUGCUGCGACUAAAUUUGGGUUUACCCGUCGUUUGCUAUUAAGUAGAGCAUUGCGUUCUAUGCCCGGUGUAUUCGUUUACAUGCCAUUUCAAGGGUUCUGCGUGGGUAGCUUCAGACUUGGGACGAGUUUGGCGUAUGCGUACGAUGGGGGACUAGAUCUCGCUUCUCUAGUCUUAACGCACAAGCGAGGAAAAAAAUGAAUGAACGCAGACCAUGAUCAUUUUACAUGAAAAAAACACAAGUCGUUUAGACUUAUAGGGCAGGAUGGUGUCCUAUUCUCUCUGAAGGAAAGUAAGUGCCUUCUCAGCUGAUAAACUCUAUUCCUAAUGCA